AUGGAGAAAGAUAUCCAGCGACGGAAUGACCAAAGCCAGCCCUUAGAAGGCCCCGUCCAACCUCCAACUCUGCAACAGAAUGAGCCAAGUACACCACCAGAUGGUGGCUAUGGAUGGGUCUGUACGGCAGCAGCAGCCACAAUCAAUGCCCACUCAUGGGGCUUCAACUCUGCAUACGGCGUAUUCCUCGCUCAUUACCUGAAGCACGAUACCUUCCCCGGCUCUCCACCCUUGAAGUACGCCUUCGUGGGAUCCCUAAGUGUCGCCCUUCUAUUACUCGUGUCACCCAUCGCCACAAUAGGCGUCCGAGAAUGGGGCAUAAAACCAACAAUGUUCUGCGGAGUCAUCCUCGAAACCGCCAGUCUAAUCUGCGCAAGCUUCGCCACCGAGAUCUGGCAGCUUUUCCUCACACAGGGGAUUCUCUUCGGCAUGGGCGUAGGCUUCCUCUUCAUCCCCACGGCCGCAGUCGUCCCGCAAUGGUUCACGACAAAACGCUCCCUAGCCAGCGGUAUCUCGCUCUCCGGCGCCGGCCUCGGCGGCCUCAUCUACUCGCUCGCAACCAACGCCAUGAUCCGCAACUUAGGACUGCAAUGGGCCUUCCGCAUUCUGGGCAUACUCGGCUUCAUCGUAAACACAACCUGCACCCUCCUAAUCAAAGACCGCAACAGCAGCAGCAGCACCACCACCACAAGCCCCCACAAACAAACAUCCAUGAACCUUACCCUCCUCCGCAAAGCCGAAUACCAACUCCUCCUCGGCUUCGCCAGCUUCACAAUGCUCGGCUACUUCGUCCUCAUGUACAGCCUCGCCAACUACGCUAACAAAAUCGGCCUCAACGCCUCCCAAGCCUCCAUCAUAACCGCAAUCUUCAACCUCGGACAGGCCGUCGGCCGCCCCUGCAUCGGCUACUUCAGCGACCGCGUCGGUCGCAUCAACAUGGCCGGCUCCAUGACUUUCCUGGCGGGUAUUUUAGCGCUGGUUGUCUGGACGAAUGCGAAGAGCUACGGGGUGUUGGGGUUCUUUGCCGUCGCGGAGGGGCUCGUCGGAGGGAACUUCUGGGCUACGAUUGCGCCGCUGAUGGCUGAGGUUGUCGGGUUGAAAGAGGUGGCGGCUGGGCUGAAUCUGCUGUGGUUGAGUAUUGUGUUGCCGUGCACGUUUAAGAUGGCGUUCGACCAGGCCAUGGAAGGGCGGCCUGAACCGGUUCUUGUUGCCAUUCCUAUUGAUGUUAGCUCGGCUACUUUCGACAGUGUAGCAUUUGAGAACGCGUCGAAAGAACUGUCGGAAUCAGCAAAGAUUCCUGUUGCUACCACUCUCUUGGGACUGGGAAGCUUCGAUGAGACGAAGGCUCAAGCCCUCCACAUGGUUGGAACGCACGGGGCAGUGUCCGCAAAUUAUGCGGUGCAGAAUGCAGAUCUUAUUCUAGCCUUGGGAGCUCGACUGGAUGAGCGCGUGGUAAGCGACCCAGAAUCGCUUGCGCCGAAGGCUAUCAAGGGCAGAGCGGAGCAGUCGCGGUGGGAUUGUCCAGUUUGA